ACAUGAAUCGAAUCUAUGGUUCAUCGAUGAUCCGUUGGAGGGAUAGAAUUCCAGUCUGAAUCAGAUAACUUUUCACUCGAUUUAUAUCGAAAAUGGGAGCUCAAGUAUCAAGAACCGAUUUUGAAUGGGUCUACACUCAAGAACCACAUGCAACAAGAAGGAAGGAGAUCCUUGCAAAACAUCCAGAAGUGAAAACAUUAAUGGGACACGACCCAAGCCUGAAAUGGAAAGUUCUCUCUAUGGUAGCAUUCCAGAUCCUCUCAGCAUACUUUUUGAGAGAUGCAUCAUGGGUAACAAUCGUUAUUCUAGCAUACGUCCUUGGAGGAACAAUCAACCAUUCAAUGACACUUGCCAUACAUGAAAUAUCCCAUAACUUAGCAUUUGGACAUAUAUGGCCAAUGGGCAAUAGAAUCAUUGGAAUGAUCGGAAACCUACCAUUGAUUCUCCCGAUGUCAAUAUCAUUUAAGAAAUACCAUCUAGAGCACCACAAAUUCCAGGGAGAUACAGAUAUAGAUAUGGAUAUUCCAUCAGAUUUCGAGGGAAAAUAUUUCCGUACCACAUUUAUGAAAUUCAUCUGGGUGAUAUGUCAGCCAUUUUUCUACACCCUUCGCCCUCUAUUUAAAAACCCCAAACCUGUGCUGCAGCUAGAGAUCAUGAACUCUAUCAUACAAUUCACCUUUGAUGGACUUCUGUGGUAUUUCUUUGGAUUCAAAGCGCUGAUGUAUCUUCUAAUUGGGACAUUUCUAGCCAUGGGUCUUCAUCCAACUGCUGGACAUUUCAUCAGUGAGCAUUACAUGUUCAUCAAAGGGCAUGAGACAUAUUCAUAUUAUGGCCCCUUGAAUUCCAUUGUGUUCAAUGUUGGUUACCAUAAUGAGCACCAUGACUUCCCUAAUGUGCCAGGAUGUAACCUCCCUAAGUUGAAGGCUAUGGCUCCAGAAUUCUAUGAUGACCUACCUUGUCAUACAUCUUGGGUCAAGGUCAUCUGGGACUUCAUCACUGACCCUGAAGUUGGCCCAUAUUCACGUGUAAAACGUAGUGGAGGAAAAGUUGAUGCAACACCCAAAAGGGACUAAUUUAAAUUUCAUCAUAGAGAACAAAUAAGGAUGUUUUAGUGAAUUAUUUCUUGAGUUCUAUUCAUCUCAGAUUGAGUCCAUUGAGUCUCAUUCCAUCGAUUUUGGUUGCAUAAGAAAUACAUUAAGCCA